AUCGACGACGACGGCGGUCUUCCGCGCUCGUUCUCGUAAACGAGACCGAUUGUCUUCCAAGGAGUGUCUUCCGCAGUCCCCCGCCGUCUUCCCACGAGAUACCUCCUCUCCGGCCGAUUAGAUCGAACGUCAUCAUCAUCGUUGUGCGAUUCACACGAAUUCCCGGAGCUCGUAAGACGACGGACUCGGAGAUGAAGAGACUAAUUCAGCGCUAAACCGCUCCUAAUUCCAGGGAAUUAUUCAACGAAACCGGAGUUAUCCGUGAGAGAAGCGCACGAACAUUCUCGAAAGGAUUCUAGAAUUAUUAAAAAAAGUCGGAAUCUGCGAAGAGGAGCAUUAGAGAUGCAAGGCAUUAGAGAUGCAUAAAAAUGAAGUAGCGAUCUCCCAUUCUCUUGCUACGCGACCAAAAAAUACCAUUGCCAGAAAAAUUAGAUUUCUAAAGAGCGAACGAGAUGCGUGAAUAUUGUUGACUGCUCCUCGUUUUUUCCAGAAAUGCACGGAAUGAAAAACCAUUAUUGUUGCUGGAGAAAAAUGAUGAUUAGCAAAAAGUAAACGCGUGCGAAAGUGCGCGAGUAUUAAGGAGUUCCGUUCAAAGGAAAGAGAAAGAGAGAGAGAGAAAGAGAGAGAAAAUAGAAAAAUAUUGUUGCUAGAAAAAUAAAAAUCCAUAAAGAAAGUAUAUCUGUCCUCUUGAAACGUACAAAUAUCAAGAGAUCAUCUAUCGUGCUCGACCUCACUUCGUUAUCUGAACGACGCGGGCAGGAAUUUUCUCAGGAAACGCUUCGCUCGGGACGCCUCCUCUCGAACAUUCCGUCCAACGAAUCUUCCAACGAAUCGUCCGACGAAGAUCCGCGAACCUGUGCCUCUCACGCGGUGUUUUCUCUCAAGACGUAGACUUCGCCGCCGCCGCCGCGCGCUGCCGGGAGGGGAUCAUCGGGCGAGAGCGCGGUCCCGGCGUGGUGUGUGCUCCGGCCUCCGUAGUUCGAUGACAAACGAACAAGAUUUGGUGCCUACCCAGCGUGCGUGAGCGGAUCCUCGGGCACGAGGGCGCCGCGCCGAGGAGAUCGUCCUCGACCACGACGAUCGCGGCGACGACGAGGGCGAUGCUGCGCUCGCCGGCGCGCGGCGCCGUCACCGUCCUACGGGAGCCCUCCACCGCUUCCGCUUCCGCCGCGGCGGCGACGGCGGCGGUCGCGGUGGCGUCCUCGGCCACCACCGUCUCGGCGCCGCCGACGCCGGUGCACCACGGCGGCGCCGGUGCCGGUACCGGUGGCUCGAGCAGCGCCUCCUCCUCGCGCCUCUCCCUGCUCGACACCUGCCACAGGAAGAUCAGGCUCUUCGGCGAGCUAGUCGCAAAAGCCAGACGAAAGGAGAAGGAUGCGGGAACCACGGAGGAUCCGAAAUUGUACCUGGAGGAGGCCGCCCUCGAGAGGCAGCUGCCGGAGUUGGACCUGAGGAUGUUAGUGGACCUACCGCCCGGCCUGGACUACAACGAAUGGCUGGCAUCGCACACUCUCGCACUGUUCGACCAUAUUAAUCUUGUUUACGGCACGAUAUCCGAGUUCUGCACCAUGACGGGCUGUCCCGACAUGACCGGACCGGGCUUAAGAACGUAUCUGUGGUUCGACGAAAAGGGGAAGAAAACGAGAGUAGCGGCGCCGCAAUAUAUAGACUACGUUAUGACAUUUACGCAACGCACCGUUAGCGACGAAACUAUAUUCCCUACAAAAUACGCGAACGAGUUCCCGAGCUCGUUUGAGUCGAUAGUGCGUAAGAUCCUGCGGCUACUGUACCACGUGGUGGCACACAUCUACCACUGCCACUUCAGAGAGGUGGCACUCUUGGGGUUGCACGCUCACCUCAAUUGUGUAUUUGCCCACCUCACGCUCCUUAAUCAACGCUUCAACCUUAUAGACCCCAAGGAAACGGAGAUACUGGGAGACCUAGAGGCCGCUCUCUUGGGUGAUUCGACAUCCGCGCCUUCGCAGACCUUAGCCAUCCAGGAGACUCCGACCACCACAAGCACCACCAGUACCACCUAGAUCGCCGCGAUGCGUCAUAGUGAGCGAGCAGAGGUUGCAGUUCCUGAGACUAGGUGACGAAUAGGCGAUUCGUUGGUUCGUUUGCGUUCUUUUUGUCUUCUUCUUUUCUUUUUAUAGACCACAUGCGAAAAAUAGAGUUUAUUGCGAUACGAUAUCGGCCGGUGAACUGUAAGAGGAAGAGUGAGAGUAUAUAUGUAUGCGUGUGUGCACGGACGUCCGAAUGAGUGAGUGAAAGAGAACGGCGAUUCUGUAAAACAAGAAGAAAAAAAAAAUGAUACCAGUAGUACCUGUACAUAGCGAAGUGUGAACAACUACAUGAUGUAAUUAGGUUCCUCCGUUUGUUGUUUGUGAGAUUGUACAUAAUUUAUUAAAUGGUAAGAUAUAGGAGAGAACGAGAGAGAGAGAAAGA